AUGACCACUUCUACUACUUUGCCUGCCAUCGUGUUUACCGACUGGGACGGGACCGUCACCUUGCAAGACUCCAACGACUAUUUGACCGAUAACCUUGGUUUCGGAAAAGAAAAGAGAGCCGAAAUCAACCAACACAUCUUGGACGGCAAGCAGUCGUUUCGUGAUGGCUUCAUAGAUAUGUUGAACUCGAUCACCACUCCAUUCCCAGAAUGUAUUGACUUCUUGUUGAAAAACGUCCAGUUGGAUCCUGGUUUCAAGGACUUCUACCACUGGUGUGAAUCUCAAGGCAUUCCAGUUAUCGUUGUUUCUUCAGGUAUGAGACCCAUAAUCUACUCGUUGUUGAAGAGAUUAGUGGGCCAAGAAGCCAUUGAUAACAUCGACAUCAUCUCCAACGACGUUGCAAUCAACGACGAAACCCAAGAGUGGAACAUUGUAUACAAGGACCCACAAUCAUCUUUCGGCCACGACAAGUCCAACUCAAUUAAGGAAUACUUGUCCACCCACGGUUACGACGCCUCCAACACUCCGCUCUUGUUCUACUGUGGUGAUGGUGUUUCUGACAUUUCUGCUGCCAAAGAAACCAACUUGUUGUUUGCCAAGCACGGAAAGGACUUGAUUAAAUAUUCCAUCAGAGAAGGCAUCCCAUACACCGAGUUCAACAGUUUUGCUGAGAUUUUGUCCAAGGUCCAGUCCAUUGUUGCAGCCAAGGGUGCCAAUAUCGACCAAUUUAUCGAAAAUAAGUAA